AUGGGCGCAACUAGGGUUUGCGCGGAGGUUUCGAAAUCGCUAAGCCAGCCGCUCACGGUGUCUACCUCUAGCACGGAAACCGUCAAUGGCUUUCACGAAUUCAAGAUCGGCGGCUACUCUCUCACCAAAGGCAUUGGCGUCGGCAAAUACGUCGCCUCCGACACGUUCAUGGUCGGCGGCUACUCGUGGGCUAUCUACUUCUACCCAGACGGAAAGUCUCCGGAGGAUAACUCGGCUUACGUCUCUCUGUUCAUAGCUCUCGCUAGCGAAGGAGCUGAUGUUAGGGCUCUGUUCGAGCUCACGCUCGUCGAUCAGAGUGAUAAUGGAAAGCACAAAAUCCAUACCCAUUUCGGCAGAGCUCUCGAGAGCGGUCCCUAUACUCUCAAGUAUCGUGGAAGCAUGUGGGGAUACAAGCGGUUUUUCAGGAGGACGAGUCUAGAAUCAUCAGACUAUCUGAAGGACAAUAGGCUCUUGGUUCGGUGCCGUGUUGGUGUGGUGAAGUCGCGUACCGAAGGACCGAGGAGUUGCAGUAUCCCUGUGCCUGUAUCUAACUUGGGCCAACAGUUGGGGAAUCUUUUGGAAAGUGGGAAAGGCUGUGAUGUUACAUUCGAAGUCGAUGGAGAAACGUUCGCUGCGCAUAAACUGGUUCUUGCAACGCGUUCUCCAGUGUUCAAGGCACAGCUUUUUGGCCCGUUGAAAGACAGAAAUACAGAGUUCGUAGUGAUAGAAGACAUGGAAGCACCCAUUUUCAAGGUGUUGCUCCAUUUUAUCUACUGGGACGAAUUGCCUGAUAUGCAAGAGUUAAUUGGCACAGACUCUAAAUCAGCUUCGACGCUUGUGGCUCAGCAUCUGCUAGCAGCAGCAGACCGUUAUGCCAUUGAGCGGCUUAAAGCCAUCUGCGAGUCACAACUCUGUGAAGGGAUCGCCAUAAACACUGUUGCAACAACCUUGGCCCUAGCGGAGCAGCAUCAUUGUUCCCAGCUUAAAGCAGUCUGUCUCAAAUUUGUCGCAUUGCCAGAGAACCUGAAAGCUGUGAUGCAAACAGAUGGGUUUGAUUACCUGAAAAAGAGCUGCCCAUCUUUACUGACUGAGCUAUUGGGGUACGUGGCGAGGCUUGGUGAGCACUCUGUUAUAGCAUCUGGACAUCGGAAAGAGAUAUUUGCUGAUGGUUGUGAUGCGAGCGGAAGACGAGUGAAGCAGCGGUUGCAUUGA